CACUAUUUAAUAUCGACCACAAGUAACGCUUGUUGGUCAUUACUAAAUCGCGUCCAUUACACAGAAAUUUGUUAACUGUUCAAUGACCAUAAUUAAUUACAAUUUAAUACCAAAAUAAUGGAAUGUCUUUAGGGCAUCAAUAUAAAAACCAAACGUUUGAAUGCAUCUACAUCAAUCGAUUUGGUGUGUCCGGUACAACAUGAAGCUCCUCGUAAGUUAACAACACUAUUUCUGUGACCGUAGUAUAUCUGUCAUAGCGGGCAGCUGAGCUGGUGAUCCGCCUGAUGGUAAGCGAUCACCACAGUCCAUGAACAUUCACAGAGUUAGGGGCUCUGCGAAUGCGCUGCCCGCUUUAAGGGGGUAAGAGGAUUGGCGACUGGAAAAAAGGAAUGGAUAGGGAAGGGUGAGGAAAAGGAAACCGGCCGUCGGCUCCCAACAACAGCAGCUUGCUACUGUUGCAGGCGGAUCCUCUGUGGGGGUGUGGUGGUUCCUGGUGCGAGCUGACCCAACUCGUGAUGAAUUCGUUGCUUCGUUAAAUUGUUUAAUUAACUACCAACAAUUCCACAGGUCGUCUUUACCGUACUUUCUUGUGCGCUUAUGCUCGAGGCGGUUCCCUUCGGGGGGCUAGACUUGGGCGUCAGAGCAGCGCACGCCAUCCGCAACCGUUUAUUGGGUCUGGGCGGGCGUGGCGAGAGUGGCAUCCAAGAUGUGGCUGGCAAUCUCAGCCCCGAUGGAAUCCAAGACGACUUAGCCAACUUGGACGAAGACGGCAAUCCGAUUGUGGAAGGAGCCCGGAUCGGCGCUGGUCUGUUGAACGAAGGCGCUCGCGAUAUUGGUCUGGGUGAUUUAGGAUUGGGAGGGGACUCAGAAAGCAGGAGAUACAGCCAUGGAAGGAACCAAGCCGCCCAGAACUACAAUAGAGGUGCGAGCGGCGCGGAAGGUCAAUACGCGCGCAACGCUGGUGCUAAGGAGUUCCACAAUAUUGGACAACGCCACAACAAAGCCGUGACGGUGACCAAAUCGGAAAACGACGAAAGCCACAACGUGGGCGGUUCGGAGGCCCACAACAUAGGCGCACGCGCCGGCAGACGGUUCCGCAAUCACGCUGACGGUGCCGCCGAGCGUGCCAACGAUUACGCCCAGGGAGACGAGCAAUCAUCUGCCUUGGGAUCGUAAGAAGUCACAAUUUAAACGUAUCUUUUCCCAAUAAAUACGUUUCAUAUG